AUGAACAUCAGUUCUCACGAUUUGCAGUAUCUCGUCUGGCUAUUCGUCGAUUUCGACGCACUGGAGGACUAUCCACUUAUUCGCAUAACCAUUUUUUGUGCCUAUCUUUUCCUUGUUGUCAUCAGUUUCAUAUUGCUCAUAUUGUAUAUUCUCUAUGUAAUUGUGGUGGGCAAAUCAAACAAAUUUCACGUGAAUCUCAAAAGAGUGCUCGUUUUCACAAAAAUCUACAUCAUGAUGAUACUCGUGUGCAAAUUGGGGCUAUCUCUAUACGAAUUUCGAAUUAUUAAGACAACCGGCUCUCUUCUUGCGGACUUACCACUAGUGAUUCUCAGUCUGAUGAGAGUCAAAGUGUCGAUGAUUGCUUUUUUAAUAUUGCCUAUAAUUCUAACGGAAAGGUUAGUGGAGAUAAUUAGAAUGAAUGCAAAA